GAGGGGGCGGGCGCUGUGAGGCAGCGCGAGCGCGGAGGGGAGGCCUCGCUCCGGCUCCCGCUCCCGCUGCGCGACGGCCGUGUCGUGCGGCCCGCCCCGCCGCAGUCAUGAUCCACAGCCUGUUCCUGAUCAACGCCUCGGGGGACAUCUUCCUGGAGAAGCACUGGAAGAGCGUCGUCAGCCGCUCCGUCUGUGACUACUUCUUCGAGGCGCAGGAGAGGGCCUCGGAGGCGGAGAACGUGCCGCCGGUGAUCCCCACGCCGCACCACUACCUCCUCAGCGUCUACCGCCACAAGAUUUUCUUCGUGGCCGUCAUCCAGAGCGAGGUGCCGCCUCUCUUCGUCAUCGAGUUCCUGCACCGCGUCGUUGAUACGUUCCAGGAUUAUUUUGGUGUCUGUUCAGAGCUGAUGAUCAAGGACAAUGUUGUGGUGGUUUAUGAGGUGCUGGAGGAGAUGCUGGACAAUGGCUUUCCAUUGGCAACAGAGUCCAAUAUUCUUAAGGAACUCAUAAAACCUCCCACUAUCCUGCGAACAGUUGUCAACACCAUCACAGGAAGCACUAAUGUGGGUGACCAGCUUCCUACUGGACAGCUAUCAGUGGUGCCUUGGAGACGUACUGGUGUAAAAUAUACCAACAAUGAGGCGUAUUUUGAUGUGAUUGAGGAGAUAGAUGCAAUCAUUGACAAAUCGGGUUCCACGAUUACUGCUGAAAUCCAGGGGGUGAUUGAUGCUUGUGUCAAGCUGACUGGGAUGCCAGACCUUACCCUCUCCUUUAUGAACCCUCGGUUAUUGGAUGAUGUCAGCUUUCAUCCAUGUGUGCGUUUUAAGCGCUGGGAGUCAGAGAGAAUACUCUCCUUCAUUCCACCUGAUGGAAAUUUUCGCUUGCUCUCCUACCAUGUCAGUGCUCAGAAUCUUGUGGCAAUUCCUGUCUACGUUAAACACAACAUCAGUUUCCGUGAUAGCAGCUCACUGGGACGUUUUGAGAUCACAGUGGGGCCGAAGCAGACUAUGGGGAAGACUGUAGAGGGAGUGAUGGUCACUAGCCAGAUGCCAAAAGGUGUCUUAAAUAUGACCCUCACACCCUCUCAGGGAACACAUAUCUUCGAUCCAGUUACAAAGUUGUUGUCAUGGGAUGUGGGGAAAAUAAACCCCCAGAAGCUGCCAAGCCUGAAGGGGAGCGUGAGCCUGCAAGCUGGGGCAUCAAAACCAGAUGAAAACCCCACCAUUAACCUGCAGUUUAAAAUUCAGCAGCUGGCUAUAUCUGGACUGAAGGUGAAUCGCUUGGACAUGUAUGGGGAGAAGUACAAGCCCUUCAAGGGGAUAAAAUACAUGACUAAGGCUGGCAAGUUCCAAGUCCGAACCUAGAGGAUCCUCAUAGUGAGGAAGAGCACUUUUCUGUUUCUCCUGUCCCUGGCUGUUGGAUGCAGCCUCUUACCCCAUCCAUCUGUUUAGGGUUGCUCCCUUGCCUGUAGUAACAUGAGCAGGAGAGGCAGUGCUUAGGGUACUGGGGAGCAGGGAGAAGUAAGGUUGACCUGGAACCAUCUCAUCCCUAGCUGAGUCUGAAUUAUUUGGAACAGUGGUAGAUGGGAGAGGUGUUCAGGUCCCUUGGGAUUAGUGAGUCAGCUAUGUAAGCUUGUAUCACCUUCAUUUUGCUGUCUUAAAGGAAAUUCUAGGCAUUUUUUGCCUUUUGUAACUCCUCUUCCUCAUAUUUUUAGUUGGCUUUUUAUCCCUUUGUAGAUGAUACAAAGCUGAAUUUCCACAAACUUCAACUUCAGUGUGAUGGUCCGGCAUCUGCCCUUCUCCAUCACUUAGCGUUAGGGUGGAGAGCUGUAUAAUUCUUGGCAGCAGAGAGAUCACCUAGCCAUUCUGCCUCAAAGGGACUGGAAGGAGUGAAAAGGUAGAUUGUCCCACCUAGGAUGGGACGUUAAGAAUCCUGAGAUUGAGGAUGGUGCCACAGAGGGAGGAAGGGAAGAAGUGGAUGCUUUUUCUAGAUAUUUCAUAAGCUAUCUUGGUCAUCACGUAUCUUGAAUCUCUGGAGUUAGACUGGAAACCCAUACAAAUCUUAGUAUGGUAUCCUAUGAAGAGCUGACUGUAGCACAUAUGAUCUUGUAACUGGUGGGUGGUGACAUCUGAAUGUAAUUCCGCUUCUCUUCUUAUUUCGUCAGUAUUUGAAGGUAGGGAUUCUCCUAGCUUCUUUGGGAAGUCAGGGAAGAGACAGAGAGGCAGGAGAAUUUUUGUAGUGACGUAGCACUCCGAUGGAAACUGAAGCUGUGCUAAAUGAAGAUGAUCAUUCUCCUAGUAACUUGUUGGAACCUCUUUUUGUCUCUGCCUGCCUAUUACAAAUGAAGGUGAUACUGCUGUUCUCCUGCUCACUGAUGUCUUUGAGAUAAUUGUGUCCUGGUACCUUUGUAGUGUUUCUGGCUGUCCUACCUCAUUCCAGUUCCUGUACCAAUCAGCUGCUCUGCAGAUGGAUUCAAGCCUAUGCUGGAUUUUUCACUGGGACCAUCUCUUCUGCAGGAGCUGUUGCUGCAUCUGCCCAUUCCAGUCUGUGCUGCGUCUCUGUACAGCAUAAAUAUGAAAUGAGAGGCAUCUGCACUGUUUGUAUUGUCUGUAAUGUGCUCUUUGGCCACUAGAUGCCAAUGUGUUUUCUCUGUGGUAGCAGAACUUGUCCCUAACCUGCUGUACCUGUGACUACAGCAUCUGUCAGGUGGCCGUGGAGUCCAGCAUGUACAGUUCAUGCUUGUGAACAGAACAAGGUGACCCUAAAUGAAGGAUAACAUACAUUGUGGUUUGCAUGCGGUGGAUACUUGCAGUGAAUGAGUGGCAUUUUGCUUGUGGAAUUGCAAGUUCCAGUGCAACUGAUGAAUGCCAUAGCAGGUAGCCUUACUGCUGAGCAUGUUCAGUGCAAAUAUAACCUUCACCAAGGGCAUCAAUAAAACUCAUUUUUACAUGUCA